AUUGGGUUUAUUUUAUCACCAUAAAUGGGUUAUUGCAUCACUUAACAAAUGCAUAUCACAAAUUAAUAAAAAAACUUGGAUGGCAUCUUCUAAUAAUACAAAUGUUGCAGAAUCUGCUCAUGCAUUAAGUAAUCGACGUGGAAAAAAUUUAAAGUUGAUAGGGUGCAAAUUGGAUAAAGAAAAAUUCAUUGCAAUUAAUACUCAUCAACAAUAUAAUAUAUCUAACUGUGGACGAGAUAAAGGCCUGAUUAGUCGUAAUGUUUUAUCAAAUAAAUGUAGAG